GACGAUCAAGUUCGUCAACCAGACGAUCACUCGUACGGCCAUCGCGCCUGCCUCAACUCAGGCAAACGGUGGAACGGCCAUCUCUACCAUCAAUGUGGCAUCGAACGGUGGAUCAUCCUCUUCCUCCUCAUCAGCCUCAUCCUCCACGGCUUUGGCUAAUCCUGGCCGUCCGGCUUACGAGCUCACAUUCGGCGGUGGUGGUGGUGGUGGUGGUUACCGGGGUGAUCGGAAUCCGGCCCCCGGCAUCUGUCUACCCGUCAUCGUCAAGUUCUGCCAGCAGCACAGGGUCCCGUAUAACUAUACCGUCUUUCCGAAUUACAUCGGUCAUUUCGGCCAGCUGGAGGCACAGAUCGAAAUCGAUCUGUUCGAGGCGCUGGUCGAUGUCCAGUGUUACGAGCUUGUUCCACUGUUCUUAUGCUCUCUGUUUGUGCCUAAAUGCGGUCAAUCCGGUUCUACCGUACCGCCGUGUGAGAAUCUGUGUACCGAAACUAUGCGCCGAUGUAGCUUCUUCUUUGACGUCUUUGGCCUGGAGCUGCCCGAGUACCUGCGGUGCGAGGUCUUUAAUAAUGCGGUCUCCGAUCAGGAGGAGUGCGUCGGGAUGGCCGAAUACAAGGAAUCGAUGAUACGGUCCCGGCGCCCGAUCUCCUGCUCUGGCUUUCUGUGUGACAAGCGGCGCUGUAUACCGACGGACUGGAAGUGCGACGGUCACGUCGACUGUCAGGACCAGACGGAUGAGGCUCAGUGUAAGUUCUGUGCCGAUGAUGAAAUCCACUGUGGAGAGGGUCGCUGCAUGAGCCAAAAGCACGUCUGCAACGGCGUACGAGACUGUCCUUUCGGGCAGGAUGAGAGAAACUGCAUUCGACUCAGUGAGCGAAAUGGUGACCUAGGACGGGGUACGCUCGAGGUGUACAAGGCCGAUCUUAAGCAGUGGGCUCCGGCCUGCGUGAAGAACUGGGAUCCAGCUACCUCGCCGACGAUGAUCUGCUCCCUGCUCGGCUACAGCUCGGUCAACUCGAGCCGUACGGCGAUGCGUGGCUCCAACCGGACGCUCGUCAGUACCAAGGAUGCAUCGUCGCUGUGGCGCAUGGCGCAGAAGGAAUGGAAUCUGAUCAAGGAGUUUAACAGCUGUGACAUUAACUCGCGCUACCCAGUGGCCGAGCUUACCUGCUCCAACUUUGUGUGCGGUAAGGUACCGAACAAAAAGUACAAGGCAACCAAGCGCAUCGUCGGCGGUUUGACAUCAAACCCGGGUGAUUGGCCCUUCAUUGCUGCCAUCCUGGGUGGUCCGGAGGAGGUGUUCUACUGUGCCGGAGUACUGAUCGCCGACCAGUGGGUACUGACGGCGUCACACUGCAUCGGGAACCAGACGAUGCGUAACGUCAACGACUGGACGAUCCAGUUGGGUAUCACGAGGCGCCAUUCACACUCCUACUACAGCCAAAAGGUGAAGGUGAAAACGGUAAUACCGCACCCGCUCUACAACCUCCUGAUACCACACGACAACGACAUCGCCCUGUUCCAGCUGGCGACGCGCGUUGCAUUCCACGAGCAUCUGCUGCCGGUAUGUCUACCACCGCCACACAUCCGCGAGCUACCAACCGGCAUCAACUGUACCGUCGUCGGUUGGGGCAAGCGUGAGGAACGAAACUCCACACCGAACGGUGCGUCGUACGAGCCGACCCUGAACGAGGUAACGGUACCGAUCGUCAGCCGGAGUAUGUGUAUCGACUGGCUGGAAACGUUUAACGUGACCGAGGGCAUGAUUUGCGCGGGUUACCAGGAAGGGGGUCGUGAUGCUUGUCAGGGCGAUUCGGGGGGUCCGCUGCUGUGUCCGUAUCCGAACGAGAAGGACCGCUGGUUCGUCGGUGGUAUCGUGUCGUGGGGCGUCCGCUGUGCCCAUCCGAAGCUACCCGGUGUUUAUGCUAACGUGCCCAAGUUUAUACCGUGGAUCAUGGCGCAGAUCAACAACCACUCCGUACUGCAAACCGACACGAUUGGCCGAUAAGUUGGUUGCCGACUUGUACAGGUUGGGCAGCGUUCAGUUCAGCAUAUCCUGGAAGCCGGUGCACUGCAACUGCGUAGCAUAUUUGCUCCACCGAAACGGAAGAGAAGGACAGACCUUUUUGGGAGCCAGUGGAAUGCUUAUCAAAAUCCUUCAACAACAACAAAAAAAGUAAACAAUACCUCCGAUACUGGAUGCAACGUUGUUGUGGACGAUUUAUUGCCCUUUCAUGUGCCAAUUCCAGUUGGUAUAACAUCUGUGAGUCUAAAACAAACUAAAUCAAAUGGAUGAAGGGCAGUUUAGAAAGUCUUAGAUUACGUGGAACGUAAACCAACAGAUACUGGUAAACCAACAACAACUAUUAGACUCGCAUACCUGAACAGCCUAAAUGGGCGGAUCAACUCUCAACAGGAUAUUGCUCCAUCGCAUCCACUCCACCACACACGUCAAUCAUGGGCGGAAGCAGCAAUUGGCGAGUUCUUUCGACCUUAAACACACAAAACGAUGAACCGGAAAUGUGGUGAAAGGACACAUGACAAUAAGAAACAUGGAGGGAGCGGGAGUUUCGGAUUUUGUUUUUAAGGAACAGGAACCAACCAACGCACACGUUAAACUCACGCACCAUUCACUCCUCCCCGAGCAGGGGGAGGUGACAGAUAUUUUGUCCUAGAAAAGAUAGUGCCACCAGCCGGGUAAUCAACGGUAUGGGAAAGAUCGAUUCGUUGAGUCGUGUAACUUGAGACAAUAAACUGCACAACAUACGAAGCUCAAUCACACAAUGAAACUACGUAACAACGUGACAAUAAUGCAGAGUGAAUACCGAAGGGCAAACAGUGUCAAGUAUAUAUAAUAUAUGUUUACAAUAGUAGCCUAAACUGUAAUGUUAUUCGUACACUGUAGAGGAAUGCUACCGGGUUUUACCGCUGAGUAUGUUUAAGAAGAUCCCAAUUUGUUUCCUUUUCCCUCCCCCAAAAAAAAACACACACAUUGAAUCCUCCUUUCAAAGGAGAGAGACUUUGCAGCGCAAAAACAGCUUCCACAUACUACUCGUGCAGCCAGCUAGUGAUGUUGUUUGAAUUCCCAAAGUUGAACAGUGACUCUCAUUAAUAAGCCUAAAACACUGAAGCAUAAGUAAAUGAAACCAUCAAUAGUCUUUUGGUUAAUGAUAUGAUCGGGGAUGAAGUAGUGCCGCUCACAAUGAUUGAGUUACUGGUAAAAGGGAAAGAAUUGGAAUCGUUUUGCUAAACCAGUUGCGUGUGUGUGUGUGUAUGUCCGUUCGAGGGUAUGCUUUAAGACAAGGAAAAUAUUUUUAAAAGAGAAUUUUUAGAAUCAAUCGAUUGCCGCCACCGUCUCCUCCCAUCUUUCUGGAAGAUCUUUGCAAUCCGUUGAUGGAGAUCCUAGCGGCAGGGACUGUGGGUACGAUUUGCGUGUAAGAAACGGUCGGCCACGGUUAAUACGUGAAAGCAUUUCAGGGAUGUUAUGAUAGCAGCUGAAAAAGAUUUAAAUUCGUGUUCGACAACUGUACCAGUGUGAGAGCCGUUAUAUGACGAACUGUAUUUAUAUAUAUACACACAUACACACACACACACACACAUUCAGACUCACCAACAAACUUAUAUAUCUACAGAGUGACAAAAGGGUAGAGCAAGAGAAAACGAGAUUCUAAUUCAUUAAUAUGGUUAUACUAUUUAUUGGUGACCCCACGGUCAGCUGGUUUGGAUGGAUGAGAUAUGAGCUGUUUGUUGCAUUUGAAUGAGAUUUAACGGGUGAAAGGCAGCAGGGAAAACCUCUCGGUAUUGUUGAGUAAUGAAAGCAAAGGGAAGCGAGGGAACAUAUGGUCACAGGAAACCCCCUUAAAACGGCAAGCUCCUGGGGGUCAUUAAAAAGUGUUACAUUAUUUACAUUCAACGUGCUUAUAUCGAGUUACUCAGUUCUGCCACGCCAGUGUGCAUGGGCAGUGGGAUUUGUGUUCGCUCUGCGCCUAUAGUAGACGACGCAGACAGUAUAUGUGGGUAGCAUAUGACGGAAUUUACGCAAAUCGUACGCAACAUUACGAUAGCUGGGCUGCAAACUAUUAUAACUAGUGUAACCAUCAUUAUACAUCCAAGGGGUCCACCAAGUGGAUCGACUUUGUAUCAAUUACUUCGUACUGAGCGGACAGUGAGAUAGCAACCGAGAGACAAUAAAUUGACCCAGGAUAGGCCAGGAGCCCACGAAAACGUUAUUAGAAUUAUCUCAAGCAGGGCAAUUACAGAAGUGAGUGAGCCGAGGCAGAAUUAUCUAAAACAAAAUACUACUUAUACUGGCAAGACUAGGCAAAGGUGCAUGGACAAUAAUGCUAUCGAGAGCCAAUAAUAUUAAUAUGGAAUACAUUAAUAUGCUGGAGUUUCUAUUAAUUCCAUGGUACCAA